GCUUAAGGAAUCUUGUAGUUGCAGUGCAGCAGCAUAGCAUCCCCACCACAAAUCAUCACUGAAUCUUGAUCAGUCAUUCCAUUUUUUUUUCCUGAUUCAGUUAUGGCGUCUUCACCUGCAUCUUUGGCAUUCACAGUGCGGAGGUGUGAGCCGGAGCUGGUAGCUCCAUCUCAACCCACCCCUCGUGAACUGAAACUGCUUUCAGAUAUAGAUGACCAAGAAGGCCUGCGGUUCCAAAUUCCAGUGAUACAGUUCUACCGCUAUGAUCCAUCAAUGACUGGGAAGGACCCCGUUGAGGUGAUUCGAAAGGCAUUGGCUAAAACACUUGUGUUUUACUAUCCUCUUGCAGGUAGACUCAUGGAAGGGCCUGAUCGAAAACUCAUGGUGAAUUGUACUGCUGAUGGUGUUUUAUUCAUUGAGGCAGACGCAGAUGUCACCAUGAAACAAUUUGGUGAUGCUCUUCAACCUCCCUUCCCUUGUUGGGAGGAGCUCCUUUACGAUGUUCCCGGUUCCAGUGAAGUGCUUAACGCUCCAUUGUUGCUUAUACAAGUAACGCGGCUCAAGUGUGGAGGUUUCAUUUUCGCACUUAGAUUGAACCAUACUAUGAGUGAUGCAGCUGGUUUGGUUCAAUUUUUGAAUGCCUUAGGUGAAAUUGCUCGCGGCAUGGGCGAACCUUCAAUUCUACCAGUGUGGCAUAGAGAGCUACUAAAUGCAAGGGACCCUCCAAAAGUAACUUGCACCCAUCAUGAAUAUGAACAAGUACCUGACACCAAGGGAACCAUCAUCCCCCUAGAUGACAUGACUCAUCGGUCUUUCUUUUUUGGUCCCACUGAAGUAGCUACAAUUCGUAGUUUCCUUCCUCUCCAUCAACGUCAAUGCUCCAAAUUUGAAAUUCUCACUGCAUUUCUUUGGCGUUGUCGCACAAUAGCAUUGCAACCAGACAACGAUGAGGAGGUUCGCAUCCUUUGCAUUGUUAAUGCACGUGAAAAGUUUAACCCUCCAUUACCAACAGGCUACUAUGGCAAUGCUUUUGCAUUUUCUCCUGCAGUUACAAGUGCUAAGAAGUUAUGUGAAAAUCCUUUAGGUUAUGCAUUGGAGUUGGUAAGGAAAGCAAAAGCUGAUAUUACUCAAGAGUAUAUGCAUUCAUUGGCAGAUUUAAUGGUCAUUAAGGGACGACCACACUUCACUGUGGUAAGAUCGUAUCUUGUGUCAGAUGUCACACGUGCUGGGUUUGGAGGGGUCGACUUUGGGUGGGGGAAGGCUGUUUAUGGAGGGCCAGCCAAGGGAGGAGUUGGAGCCAUACCCGGUGUGGCUAGCUUUUACAUAGCCUUUAAAAAUGCUAAAGGCGAGGAAGGUUUAGUGAUACCAGUUUGUUUACCAUCAGAAGCCAUGGAAAGGUUCACAAAAGAGUUGGAUAAUGUGCUUAAGAACCAUAUCGAACCUACUACGCGUGGCUUCAAAUCCAGUUUCAUUGUUUCUUCAAUAUAGCUUCAUAAAAUUUUCGUAUUAGCUUUAUACGAAAAUAAAAUCAAAUAGACUUCUUGUUAUAUAUAGCAUAAGUGUUAGCUAAGCAUGGGGCUAGCCAGGGUGAGGAGUUUGUUGUUAUUGAUGUGCCCUAAGAAGGGUUGGGGUUUUUGUUGGGCGCUGAUGCGGCGUGUGUCUCCUUUGUGAGGCAUUGGUUUUGGGUUUUGUUUUUUGUUUUCUUUUCUGCUUUUCUAUUUGUACCAAAAAAAAAGCAUAAGUGAAGUAUCACAAGAGACCAAGCUAAAUUAAGAACAAAAUUAUAAUGAAACAUGUGCCUUUGAAUGUGAUUA